AUGGGAAAGCAAAACAGAGUAGCCAUUUACUAUAUCCUGGAGGGGGUGUUACAGCAGGACACCGGGGGCCUAGAGAUAAGGCUAGUGAAAAACAUUGUAAGCCUAGCCUCAGACCAGAUGAGAGAGACUCAGGAAGCAACAAAUGAAGUAAAAGUGGCAGCUAGCAACACGUUAGUGACUCUGGCAAGCUGCUAUUUUGAUCAUGUCAUGUAUGAGCUGCGCUGUCAUCUGAAACCACCGAAGCUGCCUGAAGAGUUUAUUUUAGUUACGCUGGGCAACCUGUCAUCAGCCUAUGCACGUAAGUGUAUCCCUUUUGUGAGAGUGACCCUGAACACCAUGUUCUCCAUGCUGGAGUUCGUCAAGGACGGCAGGCUGAGACAAGCAUUUUGCGGUGUUCUGGAACAAUGGUCAAGGGCAGUACGUCUCUUUUUGGCUAACUGGGAAAAGUGCUCAUUCCCCAAAGUGGGCCAAUUGCGACUCUGCAAUCAUUUUCUUCCCGUCUACACUCAUGUGACCAGCAACUGGCUGACCUGUGAGGAGCCGGAGCUCAAGCAGGCUAUCAUCAAAGCCCUUGGUCCCAUGAUGAGCCUCCUGCUACACAAAGAGGAGUAUCAAGAUCAGAUAUUUGAACACCUCUCAUGGCUCCUUGAGCAAUAUAACGAAAACACUGAUGUUUUUCACGUCACCAAGAGUCUGAGCCAGCUCUUGGAGGUCUCUGGUGAAUAUAAGAUCCCUCUCCCUGACGGGAAGUUUCAAGCCAUCUGCAGUGCUCUGCAUAACCAGAUCUGUUCUCAAGCUAGGCCGCUCAGCAUGGAAAAUCACACAGAGCUGGUCCAUUGUAUAGUUCAACUAGCCCGUUCUUCUCCGGAGGAUCUGAUAGCAUUUCUGAACUCGCAGCUGAAGAUUAAGAAUGAGGCUGUUCGUGUGACCUCUUUGAAGCUGCUCAGAGCUAUUGUUGAUGCUGACUUGCCCGAGACAAGACCGAAAAAGUGUCUGAUUGUGAAGGCAGUGAAAUCUACUUUCAGUGAUCAGAAUGCUACGGUGAGGAAGGCAGUUCUUCAUUUCAUCCAGAGGCUGCUCAGCUUACAAAGUGUGGAGAACUGUGCAGCUUGGGAUAUGGUCGCACAUGUUUUCACGGAGUUCAGUGUGUCCACCAGCAAACUGGCUAUUCCGGAAGAAAACACGAUCCAAACCCUGUGCACUGACAUCCUGCAAUGUCUGGACACCUCGGUCACUGGAAUGACCCAAGUGUUAUGGCCAAGGCUUCUCGAAUAUGUGGUGCCAGUUCAGUACACUGGUACUUUGAAGACUCUCUGCAGAUGCCUUAGGGAGCUGGCUGAGAAAAAGCAGCAGGAAGGAAAAGAAGCUGCUUGCCUUGACUACGGUGGACCAGUGAAACUCCCUACACCCCAGGGGCUGCUGGCACGACUCCUGGUAGUAGCCUCGUCCCCUUAUGCAGGAGAAGGACACGGAUGUGCUGCCUUGCAGUUACUACAGGCCCUGCACCAAAAUAUCCAUGUAGCAGUGGGUGAGAUGUGGGAAGUAAAGAUCCCAUCUCUGCUGCAGUACAUUGAAGGAAACACAGAGAAUUCCCUGGACCACGUGCAGUGGGAGCACAUGCUGCUUCAGUUCCUAAGAACAUCUCUGGGGAUGAUAGACGACAGUGCCUGGAGCAGCCAGAUAAGCCUUGAGUUGAACCAGCAGAUGGCCAGCUAUACCAGCCCCUCCCGUGAGAAGAGUUUCCUGUAUAAGGCGCUAGGAACGUCCUUAGCAGUUUGUCAGGACCUGGGCCACGUUAAAUCCCAGCUUCAUCAAUUUUUGAAAGCAACAGAUUAUAUGGAAGCCCCUGAGAGACAGGGAGUCAUUUCCAUCCUCGCACUCUCUGCUGAGAGCCACUUGGAUCUCACCCUGAACGCACUUCAGGAGUUUGGGGCUGCAAUGAGCAAGGUUAAGAUUUCUGGGUUAAUCGGCCGCCUGAAGGACUACCACCAUGGGAGAAGAGACAAGACUCGCAGCACCCUGAUGCUGACCUACAGCAGCGUGGCUGUCCAUGCUCCAAAAGAGCAGCUUCUCUCCCGAGUAGAGGCAGACAUCACAAGGAACAUCCUUCUCCAUUACAGAGCCAGUUGUCAGGUGCUGGGCAUCACUGUUGCGAACAAGGACAUGAACCUAAAAUUAACCCUCAUCCAGAAUGUCAUGGAGAUUAGCUGUGCCAUCUUGGAGACCAGAGACUCCCAAGAGUUCGAAUUCUCAUACAAACUGGAGCUCCUUGGCUACAUGUUGGACUUCAUUAAACAGGAACCACUGGAUUCCCUGGCAUCUCCAGUUCGCUACCAGGCAGUUCUUGCCAUUGGACAUCUGAGCAAGCUCAAACCAUCUCUGACCCUGGAGGAAAACCGUGAGCUCCUUGGUCAGUGCUUCAAAAGUAUAUUUCCCCUUCCUCCCUUGGAGAAGAUGAAAGAGGAAGACGGGACAGCAAAGGAUGCUCUGCAUAUACAAUCACUCUAUGUGAGGUCCUUGGAAGCCCUUGGCAAGCUAGUGGAGACUUUGCUGGAGGAAGAACCAACCGCAGACUGGUUCCAGGAAAUGUUUGAUCUCCUAAGGACAUGGUUCAGUUCGGGGAAGGAGUGGGAGAGAGAACGGGCCUUGCAGGCCAGCACCCAGCUGCUGACUGCCUAUCAAGAGGUAGUUCAUAGCACAACUCAGGAAACUUUUCAUCAGUUUGGAUCUCUGAUUGGAGCAAUAGCACCAUACAGCUGUGAUUCACUGGCCACGUCUCGUCAGUGGGUGGUUGACUGUAUCAGCUGCCUUCUCUGUAUACAAGGCCAGCCCAUGAACCUGGGGUCAGCGGAAGAGGAGCUGAGAUGUCUCCGUGAAGAACUAACAGCAGCUCCGGACCCCGAGGCUCUGUUUCAGGCAUCUUCCAAAAUGGCCAGGGUUGUUAGUGAGUACUUUCCCCCAGAACAGGCCACAGCCUUUAUUGAGGCCACAGUGGAAAGUAUGCUGUCUGCCAGCCCCACCUGUGCCACAGCAGCUGGACUGUGGAUGAAGGUUAUACUGAAGGAGUGUGGAGAUGCCAUGCUUGAUAAGGUGCCAGCUAUUGUGGAUAUAAUAUAUAGCCACAUGGCUACUAUCCAGGAGGGCAGCUUGAGGCAAUUCCUGCUGGAGGCAGUGUCUAUUUUAGCUCACCAUCACCUAGAGGCAGUGAUCUCCAGCCUACUCAGCAACCAUCUGCCAAUGGACAGUUACACCAGUGAGCUGUGGAGAUCUCUGGGGGGAGACCCCUUGCUUGCCACUCAGGUCCUACAGGUCCUAAUAGAAAAAAUAAAGACGUCAACAAGCCAAGAAGAAAGCAUCACCUCAGAGACUGAAACUGACAGGCAUUUGGCAGCUGCUGAACCUCUCUCAGCAACAUGUGCCAUCUUUGAGGUGGUGUCAGCACAGCAGUCGAGCAAAGCUGUGCAGGAGCUGCUCCCAGAGUUGUUUCCUGUUCUCCUGCAGCAGGUCAGCCGAACCUCAGGACAAAAGAUGCCUUUGCCAAGGAUAAGCAGCUGGAGCCUAUUCCAAAAAGACCAACAACAUACUGAGGGCAACCCUUGCCGGUUUUCUGUCCAAGCGUUAGAAUCUGUGCUUUCCAAAGCUAGGAAUGAGAGACUGGUGAGAGUGCUCAGGACGCAGAAAACAUGGAUUCUGCUUGAAAACCCCCAGACUCACCAUGAGGGAGUGUGUCUGCUGGUGAGUGGUCUGCUAAGAUUUGGACUAAUAACACUUGAGAUCAUCCAGAGCCUCCUCCCCUGGGUGAAUUCCCCAAUGGAAAACUUCCGAAUCACCGGCACAGCUUUCCUUGCCCAGCUAAUGACUGAUCCCAUGCUCAGGGAGAAGAAGUUGCUUAAGAGUGUCUUGCGCAUCUUGGAAGAAAGGUCACAGGAUAGGAACAGCAUUGUCCGUCAGAUGGCUGUAAGAGGCCUGGGAAAUAUAGUCGAUGGGGCGCCUGUGAAGGUGAAAAAAUACAAGAAGUUUCUUCUGGACAUAUUGAUCGGGGCCUUACAUGACGUUUUCAGUUCUGAAGUGAUUGGUGAGAGCAUGAAAGCACUGGCCAAAGUCCUGAAGGAGCUGAAAGAGAAGGACAUCGGUUCUUCCUUCAAAGACCUCACCGAACAGAUCCGGGCCUACUUUGACGAUGAGAAUGAUGGUCUUCGCUCAGUGGCCUUUGUCCUAUUUGGCAUCCUGGCUCAGUUGACAAAGAAAAAAUGGAAGGCCUAUUUCGCUGAGCAGGUUCGAAAGAGCUGGGUCAUACUUCUGCUGCACCUGCAAGACCCAAGCCCCGAGGUUUCAAUGGAAUGCAGAGCUACAUUUCACCUCUGUUUCCCGUUUUUGGGACUGAAGAGACUCCAACAUGCGAUCAAUAAGCACCUUGGUGGCAGAGCCGAGCUGAAGCCUGAAGAGCUCCAGGUGGACAUUUGCAGACACCUUGCCAAAGAAAAUGCAGAACUGCUGGAGAACUUGUAUAGCACAACCAUCGCGUCCUUCAGUAGCAGCUGGGAAGGGAUCCGGGCAGGUGCCGCCAACUUAGCUGGCAUCAUCCUGGAACACACAGACACUCAGCGUAUGAAAUGGCUGGACCUGGAACAUCUGCUGAUGUCUCUCCGGGUCCUAGAGAAAGACCCAAGUCCCACUGUCCAGCUGGUGGCAACUGAGCUCAUAAGUGACAUCUGUCCUGGCCGAGCGCUUGGCGAAUGAAGCAGAACGGAGACAAACAGAACAAGGCGCUCCAGUGGUAUAAGGGCCCUACCAUCAAUCAAAUGUUAAUCCCACCCCUUGACCCCGGCAGCAAGAUGUGUCAUGUGACCCCUCUAAGAACUCCUCCCACUGCCAUCUACCGAUCAGGGUGGGUUUCGCCCCAAUAGGAAUGCCCCGAGGGAAGACUUGACCAAUCAAGGGGAGUUCCGGGGCAGGUGACCUGUCCUUUGUGUGACCCCUCUAAGAACUCCUCCCACUGCCAUCUACCGAUCAGGGUGGGUUUCAGCCACUGGGGAUCACUCCAAGAGGAGAUUUGACCAACUGGGGGGAAUUCUGGGGUGGGGUGACCCAUCCGGAAGUGCUUCAUGUGACCCUUCUAGGAACUCCUCUCACCACCCUUUACCAGUUGCGAUGGGUUUCAGCUGCAGAGGACUGCCCCAAGAGGAGAGUUGACCAAAACAAGGUAGGUUCUCGGAAGGGGUGAACCUCCCAGAAGAGGGUUGUGUGACCCCUCUAAGAACUCCUUCCAAUGCCCUCUGCCAAUCAGAGUGCAGCACAUCACCUCAUAAGUCCCAGCGCUGGGCAGAGGAGGCCAUCUCUUACCAAGAAGACGUGUUUUAUGAAUUGUGGAAAGGCUGAGAGGAGACAUGGACUCCUUUACCACUCCCCUGAGAACUUCAGACUUUGUUUUAGCCCCGAGGACCUUUGGGCUUGUAUGGAUAAAGCGCUAUAGCAGUUACAGUUCCGAGGAGGGCCCUUUGACUCGACCAUUGAUAGAUACCUCAGGACCCGACCCCGAACCCUCGUGAAGAACCCCGAUGAGUGUGACGACCCCCCCCCCCAAAGUGGGAAGAUGAUCAUGGCUUGGGGGAGUCACUGGUGGACAAGGUGAACGGGAAAGACGUUGCUCAGCUCGACGAUGCCUUUCAAGAGGCCUUUGAGAACUUACACAUCGGUAGCCCUGUUGUGCAUCAGCUGUUUUUGCUCCUGUCUGAGAUGCGGAUCUCAAGAGGAAAAUCCGGAAAAGGACAAAAUAGAAGAAUGAACCAGCUCAGAGUCUUUUGUUGUAGGGGUCAUGGCGUCCAUUUUUACAGGUGGCUGUCAAAGGUUGUGUUAAACCAGGCAAUUAAUUAAACUUAUUUAAAUGUGUCCCUAUGACUGUAUCCCCUCCAUACUUGCGUUAGUAAAAGACGGUACCAGGAACAGUCCUGUCUCCACAGACAGCUCUGUUAAUGAAAAUAGAUUACAUCCCCAGGGAUGCUGGGAGCUUUGGUGGGGGAAUCCUCUUUUUGAGUGGCCAAAAAGCACAGUAAAACUUUUUAAAUAGAAGACAGGUAACAGCUUAGCUUUCAGAUCAGAUGCUUACACUUUACACAAACUGGCUCAAAUACAUUUUAAAAGAAACAAGACCAUUGUUUCAGAUGUGGACGCGCAAUGGCAGGCAGAUCUGGUAGAUGUGCACCGGUUCUCCAAACACAACAGAGGCUUUAAGACGUAUUAUCUGACUUUAUAAAGAGUGACAACCAGAGCUUUCACAGAACUAUACGUACCAGUCCUGCUGAUGUUAAUCCUUCACAUUCUCUGAAGAUAUGGAAAACAGUUUAUAGAGAUGGUUUUAAAAUAAAACCAGUUGUUGCCCCUUUUAGAAAAGGCGACCACGUGAGACUAUCUAAAGUCAAAGGAGCCUUUGAAAAAGGUUAUGAACAGACGUUUACUGAUGAGCUAUUUAUAGUGGAUGAAGCCUUAACCAGGAGCCAGAGACCUGUAUACUGAUUAAAAGAUUACGAGGGUGAGACAGUUACUGGAUCUUUUUGCCCUGAAGAAUUACAAAAAGUAAACCCCAAACAAGACAGGAUUUACAGGAUUGAAAAAGUUCUAGCGGAUAAAGGAAAAGGGAGAAGAAAGCAGCUACUGGUGAAAUGGUUUGAGGAGGCGAUAAGUUUAACAGCUGGGUGGAAGCUUCUCAACUCUGUGACAUUUAGACGUGAACAAAACAAACAAACAAAAAGAUUCCUCCUGCAAAGACAGAGAGAGAGAAAAAUGAGCGACAGCGGGUUCUACAUUACGUUGCCCAGCAAUGCCAGCUCUGCAGUUUUUCCUCAGAACACCAGCUUGAACUUUACAAUAUGGCUAAUUAAGCCCUGGGAUAUCCAGAGAGCCUGGGAGGUGGGUUAGUGGAAAUACAAUACCCGCACAGCCGGAACACUAUCAAUGAAGACACCCCUUUUGAAAUCACCUUUGCAGGUGUGGCAUGGAGUUUAUCCUACAACAAGGUUAUUACUCGUCCAUACCUGAAUUAUUGGAUCAUAUGAACAGUACUGUGGUUCGUCAUCCCACACCGCCUGAGGUGGUCAUGAACUACGACCCUGGGGGUAGAAAAGUUAGUCUUAAAUCUGCCAAUUUUACUUGUAUGUUUUCUAUCAGCGGGGAGCUAGCUAACAUUCUAGGUUUGGGCCCGAAGCACAGAGUCCAAAAAUUCCCCUUCUCAGCAGACAUCACACGGCUUUUAAUUUCUUGCGUCUGUUCACAGAUAUUGUAGAACAUGAGUUUGUGGGGGACUUUUCUGUUCCCCUGUUACAUUGUCUCUCUGUCCGAGGAAGGAACAACGAGUUUGUCACCAUCACCUACGAUAAACCUCAUUACGUUCCUGUCAGAAAACACCACAUCGAUACCAUUACCAUUGAAAUAAAGACAGAUCAGAACAGACACGUCUUGUAUUGCUUUGGCAAGGUGAUCAUCAAGGUGCACCUGUGUCCCCGGAGAGAGCGAGGUUUCUAAAAAGCAAAACAUUUGGCGAUCCUAAAAAAUUACAGCGACCCCACCAUCUACAGGAACUAUUACAAAGCCCAGGUGGGAUAUGCCCUUCCUGGAUGUACGAGGCUGGCGUAGGUGGAAUAUUCCAUAACCAAGCCUCUGCAACCAGACUUCGAGGCAGAACACUGCGUGAGAGGAUACAUGAAUCUGGUACAGACAGCUGGUAAACACGUGAAAGAUCGUUCUCUGUUAAUCAACCGUGAGGUUACACCUUGUUUGCCUUUGACCUGUCUCCCAACCAGGAAUGCACCAAUCACUGUUCCCUGUUUAAAACCGGGAACCUGAGAGCAGAAAUACAUUUUGGGAUGGCUCUAACCAUCACCGUCAAUAUGAUCGUGUAUGGGGUUUUUGACAACAUCAUAGUGAUAAAUCAGAGGAGAAAUGUUCUGCUUGACUAUAUGUGAACAUGGACACCGUGCAGCUCUCACGUGUCUCAUCAAUGACCCCUUACACAAAAAAGAAUUCCCUUAUGAUUGGCUCCCUGGCAGCAAGCUGUCUCAGAAACCCUUAGGUUUGGUGGUCAACACGCAUCCACAUAACCAACCCGGUGAACAUUGGCUCACCUUGUAUCUGGUGAAGUGUAACCGUGGAGAGUUUUUUGACUCAUACGGGCACCC